UUUUAAAUGAAAUACCAUAAUUUGACCUUUUGUUUUUUUCUCUUCCCAUAACUCUCCUUUCAAACAUACACUUACAAAUUAGUACAUAUAUGUUUACAUACACAGUCCACAAAAAAAAAAUAUUUGUGUAGCAAUGGUACAUACAUACAGCAUUAAGCAGAUUACAUCGAUUAAUAUUUGAUUAUCAUGAAGUUCAUCCCCAUGUAAAGAAUGUGAGUACUGUGCCAAUCCAUUUGUCUUCACCCUGUAAAUUCAAGGGCCUUUUCGUCAUUUCAUCUGUCCCAAAAAACCACAACAGCUGCUGUCUGUCUGUGCAUUUAUCUAUUUUUCCAAAGCUCUGCACGCACACACUCUCUACAAUGGAAGGAAAAGCAAGAGUCAUUCUCUUUGCCUUCGUCUUCCUUUGUAUCACUGCCUGUUCCGCCAAAUCUCAUGAAUACCAAAACCUAGUUCUACGCUCUCUCCCACAACCACAUUCACUCUCAUGGAGCGAAGAAGAAUCCGAAAUCUUAACCAUGGACUCAGAAACGACACUCACCGUACAGUUGCAGUUGCACCACCGAGACACUUUGUCCUUCAAUGCCACCCCAGAGGCUCUCUUCAACACCAGACUCCACAGAGACACCGUUAGAGUCCAAACGCUGACGUCCAUCGCCGCCGUUAGCAAAAACAACAAUAGCAGCCACGGCAAGGACUUCAGCAGUCCAGUCAUUUCGGGACUCGCGCAGGGUAGCGGCGAGUACUUCACGCGCUUGGGCAUCGGCACGCCUCCCAAUUACGCCUACAUGGUGCUCGACACCGGAAGCGACGUCGUCUGGAUCCAGUGCUCCCCCUGCCGGAAUUGCUACUCCCAGACCGACCCAGUCUUCGAUCCCACCAAAUCCACGUCGUUCGUCGCCCUCACCUGUGGGUCCCUCUUGUGUCGCCGCCUUGAUUCACCGGGCUGUAAUCAACGCCGUAACACCUGCCUUUACCAGGUCUCCUACGGUGACGGAUCUUUCACCUUCGGCGAAUUCUCCACCGAAACACUGACUUCUCGUCGGACGACGGUGCACGAUGUCGCAUUCGGCUGUGGCCACGACAACCAAGGCUUGUUCGUCGGCGCCGCCGGUCUUUUGGGCCUCGGCAGAGGCAAGCUGUCGUUCCCGAGUCAGACCGGUGACCGGUUCGGCCGGAAGUUCUCAUACUGUUUGGCGGACCGCUUGGCUUCGUCUACACCGUCCUCAGUCGUGUUCGGUGACUCGGCCGUUCCGGGAACUGCUGUGUUCACUCCUCUACUCACAAACCCUAAAAUCGGCACUUUCUACUACCUUGGACUCACUGGUAUCAGUGUCGGAGGUGUCCGAGUCCGGGGCAUUACGGCGUCGCUUUUUGAGCUUGACUCGUCUGGUAAUGGCGGUGUCAUAAUUGACUCGGGGACAUCCGUGACGCGGUUGACCCGACCUGCUUAUGCUGCGCUCCGCGACGCUUUCCGGUCAGGUGCAUCCAGAUUGAAGCGGGCCCCAGAUUUCUCCUUGUUUGACACGUGCUUUGAUUUGACUGGGAAGACGGAGGUGAAGGUGCCGACGGUGGUGAUGCAUUUCGUCGGAGCUGACGUGUCAUUGCCGGCGUCCAAUUAUUUAAUUCCGGUGGCUGUGAAGGGUACUUACUGCUUUGCAUUUGCGGGGACGACGGGCGGGUUGUCAAUAAUCGGGAAUAUCCAGCAACAGGGAUUCCGGGUCCUGUAUGAUUUGGCUGGUUCGCGGAUCGGGUUCGUUCCGCGUGGUUGCACGUGAUUGGGAGAGGUAGUGUUUGGCUGAGGGGAAAGCUUUUCCCUGCUUUUUGAAAUCUUGCUUUAAAUUUCGGUGAACAGGAGGAGAAACUCGAAAAAGAGGAUCUUGUGUUGUGUUGUUGUAUGCUGAAUUAUAUGCUCCAAUGCAGGGUAAGUUGGUCAAUACACAUUUUUCUUCAACCUUUUGUUGGUGGUUGGUAAUUCGUUUUAAUGGAGUAAAUUUAUGCGA